AGAAAAGAUCAAAGGCAGACAAAUAAAGAAGUAAACACUGUAGUCUGACAGACGGCGCUGCGAUCAUGAUGUCUCACCUGAUGUUUUUAAUCUUCGUCGUCGCUUGGUCGACCUGGACUGCAUGCAAAAGCGAUGUCCUUUGGACAUGGGACGAAGCAUUCGAUGACGUCAUCAAGGCAGACAACUCCUCACACACACAAGUGAGACGAGCCGUUAACGUGGGUCACUGCGCAUCUUUGUGCACCUCAAACGCCUCGUGCUCUUCGUUCUUCUUCCUUCCUAAGACAGAAGAAUGUCGUUUACAUGAGAUUGUCUUCGCCAAACGAGCUGGCGGCCAGUCGUCACCAGGUGCCAGAUACUUCAAGGCUUUCUCUGCGGCCUGUUCUCGUGACGGGUAUGUAUGGCUGCGUGGUCCACGCACGUGCUUCAAGGUUUAUUCAGAUUCCCCGAACUUCAGAUCCGUGUACCAAAGCUGUGUCGAUGCUGGUUCACGGUUGGCUGUUCUGGACAAAGAAGACAAGCUGAGAGGAGUUGCGGCGUACUUUGCAGACCUCGACACUCCGAUUACCCGAGCCUACAUCGGCGGCAUGCGAGACGGAGUUGUGAAUGGUACCCGAACCAACUGGAACAAUACCCUUGACCCGCUGUACUGGCUGAAUGGAGUAAAGAUACCCACUAGUGGGCCUGACUCCUACUGGGCUCUCCCGGAUGUCAACCCCUCCAAUAGCUAUGGCAUUGAAGGGUGCAUGGAAAUCAUUGAUAGAUUGUGGAAUGACAUUUCCUGCGUCAACGGACAACCCUUUAUCUGCGAAAAGAUUUAAAGAUGAUCUGUCAGACACUGGUCGCCUAUCUCUUCACAAGCGGUGUGCGGGAGAAGCUGUGGAUGCUACCCAGAUCAUCAAGAAAAGAGGAGGGAGAAUCUGUAGAAAAAUAUACCUUUUUUUUGAACGUUUAUUUAUGUGUUUAAUAUUGUUUUCCGCUUACUUGAUGGUCAAAAGCAUGGCAGUGUAUAUUUUGAUGCAUAGGGAAGGACAUUUAUUUGUAUCCAUACGCUAUCAGCUUCAAAAAGAAGUCGCCUGCAGGAAAUUAACCCUCAGUAGAGUGUGCAUCAAUAUUUGUGUAAAUUACUUUUUUCAUCCCAUUCUUAAAUGUUGUGUUUAUAUUAAUGAUCUGUUAGUGACUUGCAUACUUGUUAAAGUAAACUAAAGUAACUAGAUGUUAAAGUAAACGUUGACCAAGGGCAAUGUCUGAUCACAUUUUAUCAAAGUACUGUCAUGAUAAAUGCGAGCAUUGACGAAAUCAAGAAUAUCAACAAGUCAAUACCAUAGAAACAAGAUUUAAAAACGGCAAGUUUGAUUGCGACCUUUUAGAAUGAAUCAAAUUACAGUAUAGUAAUCAGAUUAUCAUUUUUAGGUACUGUAAACGUAAUACUAAACAAAAAUAAUAUAUAUAAGCAUAAUGAUAAUAAGAAUUAGCAAUCUCUAAGUAAGACAAUACAUUUCUCGUAGUGAAUGUUAGGGUCAUAUGUUAGUGACAGACACCCACAAUUAUUUGUUGCGCAGAUUUGUUAGUCACUGGGAUACCAGUGACCAGUUUUUAGGGUAAAAUUUGACUCGCUUAAUGAUAUCAAAAACGUUUGAUAGAAUUGAUAUUAUUUUAAAAAAUGACUGUGCAUUAAAAGCAAUAUUUUACAAUCACCUUAUCCCUCUGGGUUUAAGGACUGUAAAAAAUGUAUAGUGACAAUUUUGUAAGUGCUGUAAAGUAAUAUGAUAAAUUUAAAUUUAAUACAAAAUA